AUGUCAUCUCCUGACACACCAGUUUGUGCAUCCCCGCAACAAAUGGAAAUGUACAACUCUCAUUUCUACACUUGUGCUCUUUUCUUCAACCUGCUAAUCGCUUUCACAUCGAUGACUCUAAUAAUAAUGGCAAUUCGGAAACUUCUAACUGAAUCUAUAAUCAACACAUCCACAAGAAUGUUUCUGAUAGUUGGCCUUCUCUGCUGCUCACUUCAUCAGACUGCCUACAUCGUUCUCCGGGUGCAAGUAAUUUUUCAAAUCUUGUUCAAACUGGAUCAACCGUGUAAAUUAUACUACAAAGCAUAUGACUGCAAAUACGUGACGUUUAGUCUUGUGGCCGGAAACACUGGAAUGAUUUUCAUACAAUCUGCAAUGACAAUUGACCGAAUUUUGACCACUGUGUUUACCAAUCUGUGGCCUAAACUCAAGUAUUGGCCAGGAGUGAUUCUCUCAUCUUUCAUGAUUGGAUGCAACUUCACAAAUGUUCAAUUCAUUUUCUGGAAUGAUCCACUGACUGAUUAUGUUCCAACCUGUGGACAAUUUCCUCCAAAAUCCGUUGGAAGAUUUCAGAAGUUUCUGGAAAUUGCUCUGUACAUGUCACUGGCACAUAUGGUCAUUAAUGUAAUUAUUCUUUACAUUAAUGUAGUGCAAGAUCGGCGGCAGAGGUUGGUGUCUACACAUGACCAAAGUCAAUCGUUCGAUGUAAAUCAAAGAUUUCAAUCCAGAGUGGCUCUUAAAUCAACACAAGCAAUCUUCUUUCUCUCCAUGUCUCAAUUUCUGUCUUGCUUUUUGUAUACAAUUUUCACGAAGCUUUAUCUCACACUUCAGCCUGAUAUGACACCACUACAAUCUGGAUUAACAUUGGCGCUGACUUAUACAACACCAUACGCAUGCAUUGCCAUCCCGUCGUUGAUUAUGGUCACCCUGACCUUCAUCAGAAAUCAACGGCAUCGAAGUAUAAAUGCAUUGAGGUCACAGACAGAAACAGGCGAUCAGUAUAUGCAGAAGAUCAAAAAAAUUUGGGAUAAAUAA